AUGAAGUUCAACAGCGCUUUGAGUGUUGCUGCAAUCACACUUCUCUACAUAACAGGAUCGCUCUGCCAGUUAGAUGUAUGUGGUCGAGCCCCUCUCAGCAACAGGAUUUUUGGAGGGGGGGAUGCAAAAGCAGGUGAUUGGCCGUGGCAGGUCAGCAUUCAUGUCGUCGGCUUUGGCCAUAACUGUGGCGGGACCAGCUACAGUGCCGGUGUGUCUAACACUGUGAUGUACUUUGGUCGUCUGAAGCAAUCCGGCUCAAACCCUAAUGAGACGUCCAGGACAGCGAGUCGAAUCAUCAACCAUCCUGGCUAUGUCGGUGCUUAUUAUGACAACGAUAUAGCACUGGUCCAGCUCUCCUCCUCUGUGACUUUCUCUGAUUAUAUAAGGCCGGUCUGUCUGGCAGCAGCUGGGGGUGUAUUUGUUGGAGGUACGGAGAGCUGGGUCACUGGAUGGGGCAGACUACAGCAAGAAGGCUCCGUGUCUGAUAUGCUGCAGGAGGUGACGAUGACAGUUGUGAGCAACAGUGACUGUAAUAAGUCUUAUGGAGGGAGCAUCACAAGCAAUAUGAUUUGUGCUGGACAGCAAGGGAAAAGUGUAUGUCCGGGAGACUCUGGAGGUCCAAUGCUCAGCAGGAACGGCUCCCUGUGGAUUCAGUCCGGCAUUGUGAGCUAUGGAAAAAUCCCGUGUGAUGACGCCAAACAUCCCAAUGUGUACACAAGAGUCUCUCAGUACCAGGACUGGAUCAAGUCUUACACGGGCAGCAACCCACCUGGAUUUGUUGCAUUCAACAAUGACAUUCAAUAUUCAACUCCAACUCCAACUAAAACUCAGACUGCAGCAUCCAACUCCAACUCCAGAAGCGUUCCUAGCCUCCUCUUAUUCCCCCUUUCUCUCACAGUCUCCAUCAUUCCUUUCACCUUCUCCCUCUUUCUCACUUCCUAA